AUGGAGUCCGUCCUCUCUGCACAUGAAAUCGGCGAAGGGCUUCCCGUGUUGAUCAUCCAUGGAUGGGAGAUGAACGGAAAAGUCGAGGAACUAGACUUUGAGCCAAUUUUCAAGAAAUCUUCAGGUCUUCGCCGAAUUUACGUCGAUCUCCCAGGCAUGGGCACAACACCUUCGAAUGGUAUCAACGAUCUGGACGAUAUAUACCGUCGCCUGGUGCAAUUCAUUGAUUCUCGACUUGCGGGCUCAAGAUUUCUACUCAUCGGCUCAUCAUGCGGCGCCUACCUUGCACGCGCGGUAGCUCAAAAGUACAUCGAGCAAGUCGAUGGUUUACUUCUACGCGUACCGCUCAUCGAGCCAAAGAACAGCAUGCGCGAUCUCGAUCCUUUCAAACCUGUGGUUGCAAACGAGCAACUCAUGUCGAACUUCUCAGCCGAAGACAAGAAACUUCUUGGAAACGUUCUCGUGCAAACGCCCGCCUACGUUGAAAAAAUAAAGGAAAAAUAUGAGGCGGUUUACGCCCCAGCCGAGAAAGCAGCAGAUAAUAAGGUGUUGGAUCCGAUUCGAGCAGAUUCAGAUCGAUAUCAGCUAUCAUUUUCGUUGGACGAUAAAAGUGCCAAGAAGUUCCCUGCACCGACACUUAUUGUAUGCGGUCGCCAUGACGAGACUGUGGGUUAUCGUGACAGUCUUCGCUUGCUGGAGCUGUAUCCACGUUCAACCUAUGUUGUUCUCGAUCGUGGGACGCAUAGCCUUCCUAUUGACGAGACUGGUGUUUUUGAAGCUCUUGUUCGUGAUUGGAUAUCUCGGGUUGGUGAAUGGCGAGUUCGAGGGGACAGAUAA